AUGAAAUCAGGGGUCCUCAUCAUCACUAACAGUUAUUUACUUCCAUCGUCCUCUUUGUCCCCUUGCUCUUGUUUUCCACUGUUUCCGCUAACCCACAACAAUCUCACUCUCUCAUUCCCAGAUAUCGAGUGUUCUGUAUACACAUAUGCAUGUUUUUUAAGGCAACGCAAGAUUCCUGUUAUUUGCAGUAAGAGUGAGCUGCAGCGAAGUGACAUAAUGGAAUCUGGAGCAGAGACGGUGGAGAUAAGGAGAAGCCUUUAUCCUCCAAUUGAGCCAUACAACACCGGAAAUCUAAAGGUUUCAGAUAUUCACACUCUCUACUGGGAGCAAUCAGGAAACCCCAAUGGACACCCAGUUGUUUUUCUUCACGGAGGGCCAGGAGGAGGGACAGUUCCUAGUAACAGGAGAUUCUUCGAUCCUGACUUUUAUCGGAUUGUUCUGUUUGACCAGAGAGGUGCGGGAAAGAGUACACCACAUGCUUGCUUGCAAGAAAACACUACAUGGGACCUUGUGAGUGAUAUUGAAAAACUAAGACAACAUUUGCAAAUUCCGGAAUGGCAGGUUUUUGGUGGAUCAUGGGGAAGCACUUUAGCACUUGCAUACAGCCAGUCCCACCCUGAAAAGGUUACUGGUUUGGUCCUUAGAGGAAUCUUUCUGUUGCGGAAAAAGGAGAUUGAUUGGUUUUACGAGGGUGGUGCUGCUGCUAUAUACCCUGAUGCAUGGGAGCAGUUUAGAGAUCUUAUUCCAGAAAACGAGAGAGGUAGCCUUGUUGCUGCAUAUCACAGAAGACUGAAUUCCGAUGAUCUGGAAACUCAAUAUGCAGCUGCAAGAGCUUGGACUAAAUGGGAAAUGAUGACUGCUCAUCUUCUUCCAAAUGAUGAAAACAUUCAAAAGGCAGAAGAUGAUAAAUUUUCAUUGGCGUUUGCAAGGAUUGAAAAUCACUACUUUGUUAACAAGGGUUUCUUUCCCUCGGACUCAUACUUGCUGGACAAUGUUAGUAAAAUAAGACAUAUCAAGACCACCAUAGUUCAGGGAAGGUAUGAUGUGUGCUGUCCGAUGAUGUCUGCUUGGGAUCUGCACAAAGCAUGGCCAGAGGCAGACCUCAAGAUUGUUGGUGAUGCUGGACACUCGGCAAAUGAGCCUGGAAUAGCAGCAGAACUUGUAGUUGCAAAUGAAAAGAUGAAAUCACUUGUGGGAUGA